AUGGCCCGCUCGUAUACCCAUUUCAUCACCUCAAUAUGCUUUCUGCUGCUCGCGAUCAUCCCUCUCAUUUCAGCUCACAUGAUCGAGGUCGCAGCAUCGAAGAAGGAGUGUUUCUUUGAGGACUUGCACGAAAAUGACCAGAUGACCGUAACGUAUCAAGUUGGAGAUGGUGGACACCUGGACAUCGACUUCACGCUCACAGACCCAGAGAACGUCCAACUAGCAAAACAUGACAAGCAGAACACAGGCUCAGCUUCAUUUGCCGCUUCGAAAGACGGCCGCUACGAAUACUGUUUCUCGAACGAAAUGAGCUCGGUAGCCGACAAAUGGGUUAGCUUCAACGUGCACGGUAUCAUCUACGUCGCAGAAGACGAAGUUGUUGCCCCCGUAGAACGCGAGAUCCGUAACCUGGCCAUUGGCCUGACCUCUGUCAAGGACGAGCAGGAGUACAUCGUUGUGCGUGAGCGGAGACAUCGUGAUACUGCAGAGUCGACCAACGAUCGCGUUAAGUGGUGGUCUGUCAUGCAGACUGUUGUGCUGUUCUCAGUGGUCGCGUGGCAGGUUUACUACUUGAAGUCAUUCUUUGAAGUAAAGCGUAUAAUCUAG